AUGACAAAGCUACCAACCUUUGAAGUGAGCCCAAGUGUCGAUGCUCACGCUCCUGCAUCAACUUACUAUACUACAGGCGACAAUGCAAGGCAUAGAACAAGAACCUACAAUAGAAGCCAUGGCAAUAUACCAGUCGGUGGAAGCAAUAUUGAAGGGUUUCGUAAACGACGUGCAUCGCAUGAUGAUAAGAGUAAAGCUCGUCGUUUUUUGAUUGACGUGGAGGAGACACAAAGGAAAAUUCUUGAACAAGAAGAUACGGACGGUGACUUCCAAAUUACCAUUAAUGAUUUGGGCCCUAAAACGAUGGCCCUUGGUACAGCUGACUCUGGUGGCUACCGUAAAAUAGACAUUCGAGGAACUUAUAUGCUGUCCAAUCUGUUACAAGAAUUAGCGCUUGCGAAUGAUUACGGAAGAAAGCACAUUGUAUUGGAUGAAGCAAGAUUGAAUGAAAACCCAGUAGAUAGAUUAUCUCGUAUGAUACGUCAUAAUUUCUGGGACGGUCUGACACGGAGCAUUAGUGCCGAUUCUUUGGAGGUCAUUUGCCCAGAUCCAAAGAAUCGUUCCAGCAACAAAAAUCCUCGUAUCUAUGUCCCUUUUGGUGAUGUAGAGGCAUAUACAUUUUACAAAGAAGUAGCAGAAAAACGGAAGCAUAUGAAUUUGGAGGUGGAAUAUUUACCAAAGGAAAUCACUGCUGAAUAUGUGAAAAGCAUUAAUGAGCGGCCUGGCUUACUCACCUUGGCCAUGAAAAAAGUAAAAAAUGAGAUGGCUGGUGAAAUGACAUUAACAGGCGAGCCUUUCGUCGUUCCUGGUGGUCGCUUCAACGAAAUGUAUGGGUGGGACUCUUACUUUUCAGCAUUAGGCUUGUUGGAAGAUAGACGUAUCGGAUUGGUGAGAAGUAUGAUAGAAAAUUUUGCAUACCAAAUCAAGCAUUAUGGAAAAAUCUUGAAUGCAAACCGUUCGUAUUAUCUCGCCCGUUCUCAGCCUCCCUUUUUAACGGAUAUGGCAAUAAAGGUUUACGAAAGGCUUCACCCUGACGAUGAACAAGAAAACAAAGCUUGGCUCAGAAGGAUAUUAAAAUCAGCAAUUAAGGAGUAUUGGGAAGUGUGGAUGAGUGAGCCUAGGUUAGAUAAAAAGACCAUGCUUUCGAGGUAUCGUCCAGAUGGAUCGGGCAUUCCUCCAGAAACAGAAGCUUCUCACUUUGUUCAUAUUAUCGAACCCUUUGCCGCAAAACACAACAUUUCGGUCGAAGAGUUCAAUCAAAAAUACAAUGAUGGUGAUAUCAAAGAACCAGAACUCGAUGAAUAUUUUUUGCAUGAUCGUGCUGUCCGUGAAUCAGGCCAUGAUACUACUUACCGAUUCGAGAAAGUCUGUGCAAACCUUGCUACUGUUGAUUUGAACUGUUUGCUAUACAAAUACGAGAUUGACAUUGCAGGCGCUAUACGUGAUCUUUUAGAUGGCGAUUUGGAGGAUUUUGACGGUGUCAAGCAGAACGCCGAAGAAUGGUUGGAAAGAGCCAAGCAAAGACGUGAGCGUAUGGAUAAGUAUUUGUGGAAUGAAAGAGAGUCCUUAUACUUUGACUAUGAUACUGUCAAAGAAGAGCAAACGACGUAUGAAAGUGUUACUUCGUUUUGGGCUCUAUGGGCUGGCGUUGCUAGUGAUCAUCAAGCACAGGAAAUGGUGAAGCAUUCGCUACCCAAGUUUGAAGUGUUAGGGGGCCUCGUUUCGGGUACCGAAGCGUCACGCGGCACUAUUUCUUUGGAAAGACCUAACCGGCAAUGGGAUUUUCCUUUUGGCUGGGCACCUCAUCAAAUGUUGGCGUGGGUUGGAUUAGAUAGAUAUGGUAUGAGAGAUACAGCGGCCAGAUUGGCUUACCGAUGGCUAUUCACUAUCACCAAAGGCUUUGUUGAUUUCAAUGGUGUAGUACCUGAGAAAUUUGAUGUCGUCAGCUUAUCACAUAAGGUAGAAGUCGAGUAUGGAAAUGUAGGUACAGAUUUCAAGUGUGUCCCUCGCGAAGGCUUUGGAUGGAUGAAUGCAUCUUACCAAGUCGGCCUUAGCUAUCUUACUACGCAAAUGCGUCGUGCACUCGGCACCUGUACUCUUCCAGAUUUAUUAUUCGAAAAAGCUAUGGCGUAUACCGUUUUGGCGGGCUGGCCUGAAACCAACAUUGAUGGAAACAAUAUCAAAAUUCUGUAUGCCCUUUUUGUUGUGUGUUAUUUCAGGACACAGGCGGUAAACGCGUUCCAAAAUAUCUUUGGUAAUAGCUUCAUCCGGUUGGCUUUGGCUGUUUUCUCUGUCUACAGUUCCACCGCAAAUAACAGUGCCAUCAUCUCUGGGAAUGACAUACGUCCAGGAAUCUGGGCAGUCAAUAAAUUGUUGUGUCUUAUCAUUACAUUGUAA